AGCAACACACCGAGCGAGUGGUAGCAUUCGGGGCGUUAGCACGAAACCAAGACAAGAAGUGGGCAAAGCUCAUUCGCCAUGCUUUGACUGCUGAGGAAAAACGAUGCAUUUCACGUUUUCGCUUGUUGCAGGAAGAUGAUGACAUGCGUGGGGAUUUUGUAUCGCACUUUUAUUUGUGUUGAUCACUAGCUAGUUAGCAAGCCGUGGCAUGUGUCUUGGUGCAACAGACCUCCUUAGGGGAUGAGAGGAUAUUGGCCAUUUGAGUGUCUGCGGCUGUGGGAUCCGUGGCUUGGCGGGUGUUUUGGGUGAGGAUGGCGCAGGGGGGCUCUCAGCUUGAUUAUCACAUCCUGCAGGACCUCAAGCAGCGCUUCCCCGAGAUCCCAGAAGGAGUGGUGUCGCAAUGCCUUCUGCAGAACAACAAUAACAUUGAUCUCUGCUGCCACCUGCUGGCCCAGGAGAGUAAUCGAUACCUCUACGGAGAGUUCCAUCACAGUCCGGAGGAGGGGCGCCUGGGUCGAAAUCACAUGCUCCACAUAAGCUUGGGCUACCCGGGCUCAGAAGCAAGCAAAACAAAUGGCGGAGCGGGGCGCUCUAUUGUCCACAGCACGAGUGACACUCACAUUGACCCCCAGAGACCCAGUUAUCCUGAGCCGAUGUCGGCACCUGCCACGAUGGCCCCUUCCCCGAGUUACAAUCCUUUUUUCAUCAACGACCACAGCCGUUCAGCCAGCACUCCCACUCCUCCACCGACAAUUCAGGGUAUGUCUCCCACCUUCUCCCCGGUCUCACGGUAUACUAUGAACCCUAUCACAGUCACGCUUUCGCAAAGUAUACCCAAUGCCCCGCAGGCUUUGCAGAUAACCCCUGGGCACUAUGCUAAUAGCAGCAAUACCACCCUUUAUAUUCGACCCUCACCCUCCCAGAGCCCGCAGCCGUCGCCGUGGUCCUCCUCGGGCACGUCUGUUUAUCACCAGUCUCCGUAUAGCACCCCCACUUAUAGCUCGCCUUACGGCUCCCCCCAGCAUCAGCCCCAAGCCCAGCCGACAUCCCAGCACCAGCAAUAUGUCUUCCACCCCAUUACCUCGCCAACUCUUCCCAGCAUGCCCUACCAUCACCAGCCACAACCUCAGCCGCAGACUCCCGUUUACAGACCCUAUCACCCGAAAAGCUCCCUUAAGAACCAGAUUGAGAUUACUCUGGAGGGCCCACGGCCUCGCAGCAACUCCCCCGUGCACACCCCCCACCCCCAGGGCGCACUUUAUAUGGCCACCAGUCCAUCACCCGGCUCCCCUUCGAGGGGCGUGUCAAUGACCGUACCUGCGGCGGCAUCACCUUUCCACCCCGGGAUAUACCUGCCGCAUCAUGGCCCCGUAAGGCCCCGUCCAAGCUCCUCACCUCAGCCGGGCCAGUCGGCCUACACCUUCAAAAUCAAAGUCUCCCCCGGGGGACAGGCCCAGCGACCACCCGGCUCGCCUCCCGUGGCGGAGGCGGAAUCUUUGCUCAACAUCGUGGACCUCGGGGCCAGCAGCGCCGCCCCGCCGCCCAUCCUCCCCAUCUCGGCUCUACCAGCGAACAUAGCUUCUCAAUUGCAACAAAUGCCGCGACGUUCGAGCUCAGGCUCAGAUGACUAUGCCUACACUCAAGCUCUCUUGCUCCACCAACGAGCCAGGAUGGAACGCCUUCUGAAGGAGCUACUGCUCGAGAGGCAAAAACUAGAGCAGCUCAAGUCGGACGUCAACAACAUGGAAUACGACGCUCUACAAAGACGCUUCAGACGAGUCAGCUCGACCAGCUUUAUCCCCAGACCUGAGGAGAUGACUCGAUUGCGAAGUCUUAACAGACAGCUUCAGAUUGAUAUCGACUGCACCCUGAAGGAGACAGAUUUGCUGCAGUCCAGAGGGAAGUUCGAUCCACAAGCGAUGAACAACUUCUAUGACAACAUUCAGCCUGGACCAGUGGUGCCACCCAAACCAGAAAAGAAAGGGGACCACUGCCCCAAACCAGUGCCGGGGCCACAGAGGGACGAGGACUUUGAAGGUGCCCAGUGGAGCUGCGACAGCUGCACGUUCCUCAACCACCCUGCUCUCAACCGCUGUGAACAGUGCGAGAUGCCACGUUACACCUGAGCUUAAGGCCGUGCUCCGUCCGCAUCACAUCCCCUGCCAGUCCUUUGGUCCACCCCUCUAGAAUCUGCAGGGUUUUAAGUUUUUUUUUUUGUGCCUGGCCAGAAGAUCCCACCUCAAUCGUAAAAUAUUUAAGACCCUUUUACCUGCUGAGGAAGAGCCAUCAUACCUCCCCACUCACUCGUCCUGCUUUUAUCUGCUACUCCUGUGCACUUUGAUUUUAAAAACUGUUUUUCAGGGGAGAUGGCAAUUCCGAUGGCUAAUAACAAAAAAAAAAAAAAAAAAAAAAAAGGACGUACAAACUCAGACUGCGGCAGUGGCUGUUCUGAAAGGUCAAAGCAAACGAGGAGUGACAUGAGGUUGCGGUUUACCUGCAAACAUUCCACACGGAAAGAGGGACUGCCCUGUUUACAGUACCGGAUCCAUUCCCAAACUCAGAAUGCUCUUAAAUCCAGGAAUCGUCUCGAUUUCUCUCUCGAUGACAAUGGAAUAACGGAAGCAAUGUUAGAAAAGGUCUGACUCAUGCAAAUGUAGACUUUACACUGUAUUUAGCUCUGUGUUAGAGCUGGGGGGGGGAAAAAGAACACUAAAGUACAUGCAUUCAAGUAUAUUCCCGGUACUUUUAUGCAUAUUAUGUCGCCUUGUAUACGUGGUAAAGAAAAGAUGUCGAAUUCCUGUGCAAAUGCCUCAACUUGCUGUACUUAAUAAAAGGAGCGGAUGCUAUGUGACUUGA